UUUUUACUUUUACUCACAGGUAUUGGCGGAUUCUUAGCAGCUGGACUGAUUGGUGCGUACAAGUACCGGACCCGUGGAACGAUGAGCACCAGUGUGUUUCUGAUGCAGUUGCGUGUGGCGGCCCAGGGAACCGUAGUCGGAUGUCUGACCAUCGGAUUGGCCUACAGCAUGGCCAAGGAGUACCUAUUCGACAAGGCGCCCAAGGAAAAUGCAAAAUCACUGACUAACUGAAGAUCAUCUGGUUGCAUUGCCUCCCUCUCUGAAAAUCAUCCACCAACACAAAUCGGGAUUAUAUUAUAACUCUAUUUAUUGCAUUAUCAAAGAUUCAUACCGAUCAAGAGGGUUAGGAACCCUGGAGGGCUGGACUCGAAGUGUCCUAGGAAUUAGAUAAUGUUUUGUAUACCUGCGUAAGAUUGUGAUAUUGUGUUUGUUUAAUUGUACAAGUUGGACAUCCUAAGAAAGCUGUUAAAAGCGGACGACAAGAUAAUGAAUACCUCUCGCAUGAUAUGAUAUAAUUAAAUAAAACAAUUUAGACUAAAGCGAAAUCAAA